ACUCAAAAAAAAGUAAAUCAAAUCAAAGCAAGAGUUGAGAUAUUGAGAAUAUGGCUAUUCACAAAGUUGCUCUCCUCCUUGUAUUUGGAAUGAUUCUUCUUGCAAGCGAUUUCGAACAUGCAAACGCCAAAAAAUGUGACCCUCGAAUUGACUUUGGAAUUUGCCCAUAUUUAGGAACCAAAAAAGUUGAUGGAAUAUGCAUCAACUGUUGUUCGGGUUUCAAAGAAUGUAAAUAUUUUAGUAAAGAUUACACUUUAAUUUGUGAUGGAGAAUCUAAAGAUUGGGAAAGCAGGAAGGCUUGCUCAAAAGAAUGUGACCGUCGAAUUGAGUUUGGAAUUUGCGUAACAGACCUAACUAAAACUGUUAAUGGACUAUGCACCACCUGUUCUGCAGGUAAAAAAGGAUGUAAAUAUUUCAAUAACAAUGGAACUUAUAUUUGUGAUGGAGAAUAUGAAUGGCUAAGUGAAGGAGAAAAUGAUCUCCAGAAAAGCAAUGUUGCUAUUUCUUAAUCUAUGUAUUAAAUUAAAGCACAUUGAUGAGUAAUAUGUGCUAUGUAAUAUGUAACAUGGUUGUGGACCUUUACCACGGCUAGUGUGCUACUUAAGUAUGUUUUUAUUAUUUAAUAAUAAAUGGAACACUAGUUUGUUCUAAUU